CCUCCGCCUCCACUACCAUUAACUUACUCACCGAUCAACCCCAAAGCUCUGCUUGCCAGCUGUUGACCCGUCCCCGUUCCAGCCUCAAAGGAACCCACCAACCACCAUCUCCACCCCCAUCUCCACCAGUCCACUCAAUCAUCACUCUCAACCAUCCCCCAUCUCAAAGCCUCGCAUAUACUUAGUAGUUGCAUAACCAUCCCCUCACCAUCCAUUAUGCUCGGAAAAAUAGCUCACUACGGCUUCGACGCCAUCCUGAUCUCUGCGUUCCUCGCGGGAGUGAAGCGCUCGACCGGUCUCUCCCUCAGCAUCAAAACCGAGAAAAUAGAGUCCAAAGAGGUCCGAUCCGCCGUCGACAAGUACCUCAACGUCGGCGAGUGGGUGAUGGAUCAGAGCAUCGCCUUCAUGGGCACCAGCGCCUACUUCGAGAGGAAGCGGUGAACGCUCGGUGCGAAACACACAACAUACACACACCUACUCGGCAAUGACUUGACGAUCUCAAUUUUUUGCAAUUCCAGUACCGUGAAAUUGUUCGCACGCUCGCUCUCCUUUAUUUUUUCGUAUUUUUUCCUUACUUCUUCUGGGAUGGAUUGUGUUUUGAGGCAAGCGUGCGACCGAGGGUGAUAGCAGGGCCGAUAUGGAAUCAUGGGGAAGCUUCGUUCGCAGCGUCCGAUAUGUACAUAGGCUCGCCUCGGGAAAUACCAGUUACAAUGUAACAAAAUAUUUGGAUCA